AUGGGUAUAUCUCCAGAGUGCUUUUUCGCUGGAGUUUGUUGUGGUGGCUUGAUCACACUUCCACUUCAGGUGAAUCUAGUUCUCUUAACAAAUGUAGUUUACAAAGGGUGUUUGCAAAAUGGGAAAAUUAUAGCAAUUAAACGGCUAACACAAGGAACAGUUGAUGAGAUUAUUGGGGACUUUUUACUCAAGAUAGGGAUUUUAGCCUAUGUGAACCAUCCUAAUAUAGCUAAGUUGAUUGGCUAUGGAGUUGAAGGAGGAAUGCACCUUGUUCUUGAAUUGUCCGCACAUGGUAGCUUAGCUUCUAUGCUUUAUGGUUAG